AUGGUGAUAAAAAUGCUGGAGGAAGCAAAGGAAGAAGAUAGAAGACAGAAGACAGAAGAGAUGGGAAAUGAGAAUGGAGAAAGAAAGGGAGAGUUCAUAAACCAAAACAACAAUGACUUCUUCCUUGAUUCAAUGUCAAUGCUCUCCUCUCUCCCUCCUUGCUGGGACUCUUCUCUUCCCCCUCCUCAUCCUCCUCCUCCGCACUCUCUGACCGUCGACGCCUCUUUCCCCGACCAGUUCCAUCAACCUCAGGAGUCAGGUGGUCCAACAAUAGGCAGCCAAGAUGGGUUGCAGGGACAAGGGACAGUCUCGACCACGAGUGCACCUGUGGCUCGUCAAAAGCCAAGGGUGCGAGCUAGGAGAGGUCAAGCCACCGAUCCUCACAGCAUAGCUGAGCGGUUGAGAAGAGAACGCAUUGCAGAGCGUAUGAAGUCUCUUCAAGAACUGGUUCCCAACACCAACAAGACGGACAAGGCAUCGAUGCUGGACGAGAUCAUCGAGUAUGUUAGAUUCCUUCAGCUGCAAGUCAAGGUACUAAGCAUGAGCAGAUUGGGAGGUGCAGGUGCAGUUGGUCCACGCCUCAACGGUCUCACUUCCGAGGUAGGAGCACGGCUCAACGCCCUCUCUGGACCGUGCAAUGGCUUAAACGGGAAAGGAAACGCAACAGGAUCUUCCAACGAGAGCUUAAGGUCAACAGAAAAUAGGGUGGCAAAGCUGAUGGAAGAAGACAUGGGAUCUGCAAUGCAGUACCUUCAAGGGAAAGGGCUUUGCUUAAUGCCCAUCUCUCUCGCAACUGCAAUGUCAUCUACAUCUAAUCACUCUCGUGGAGCUCUCUUUAACCCCAAAUCCAAUGUGUUAGCAGCAGAGGAGAAAAAUGUAGCAGCAGUAGCUGCACCUGAAGACUCCUCUCCUAUGGAUGAUGUAUCUGCCUCCAAGGGCUAAACCACAGGAUCUCUCAUCAUGUGUUUCAUUUUUCCUGUCUUAAGUCAAACGUUAUCUAUUUACUAUUUUAACUGUAAUGCAUUAAAUAAAUUUACAACACA